UGGUAUAAUUUCGUUGAUUUAUUUGUGAUUGUUUUGCAUUUAGCUUGAUUGUUUAAUGGUUAGUUUUGAGUUUUGAGCACAGAACAUACCAAGGAUUUGAGUAAAAUGAGUGAACGAAAAGGACAUCAUACUGUUUGUGCAGUUAAAAGCUGUUUUAAUAAGGGUUACAACUCCAAGAAAAAAUUCUUUCGUUUUCCCAAGGAACCAAACCGGGCUAAGAUAUGGGCAAUGAAAGCCAAUCGGGAGGAAUUACUGACAAAACUGGAUGACCUACAUAAAAGUUAUAUGCUAUGCGAAAGUCAUUUUGAAGAUAGGAUGUUCAACAGUUGUCUUCACACACGAUUAGUAGCCACUGCAUAUCCUACCCUAUUUCCAUCAUUUGAAGGAAGUUCUAAAGCUGGUAUAGAUGAACAUUCUUAUAGUGCACCCUUGCUACUUCCUGGAUAACAGAGUUUUGGUUCCAGGUGUUACACAAACUGACUCCGUUGAUUAUCAGACCGAAGAUCAGACACUUGAGACCGAGACCGAAACCGGGCUCCAAAAUGAAUUCAGUUCUGUGAAAACAAUAAGUCCACCUUUGAUGUCUCCAACAUCUACACAAACGUUAGCCAGUUUAACUCAGAACUCCCCAAGGAAAGUCAAAUAUAGGCAGAACAUUGAGGCAUUACAGGCAGAGAACAAAUAUUUACGAGAACGGGUUCAAGUACUCGAAAGUAAAUUAAAUAAUCAAUUGGAUAAUAUAUCUCUGGAACAAUAUAUGUCUUUAACAUCCAAAGGGUAGACAUUAUACCAAAAUUGAAUGUUUAUCGGUAUAUUUUGCGGGUCCCCGUGUUUAUAAACAAUAUUUAAUGAAUAAAUAUGAUCUUCCCUCGCCAAAUACUU